AUGCUCGGUUUCGUCUGUUUCAUGUGUCCCGGUCUUUUCAACUCUCUGAACGGUCUCGGAGGGGGCGGUCAGAUCGAUCCUACCACCAGCGCGAAUGCCAAUUCUGCCCUGUACGCGACCUUUGCCGUCUGCGCGUUCUUCGCUGGAUCCAUUAACAACGUGAUCGGCCCUCGGCUUACGCUCCUCAUUGGAAGCGGCGGCUACGCGCUCUACAUUGGGUCUUACCUUGCUUUGAAUAUCCAUCCCGGUGCAAAGGCCUUCGUGAUCGCCGCAGGAGCUGUACUUGGCCUCUGCGCCGGACUGCUGUGGACAGCCCAAGGUUCUCUCAUGUUAGCGUACCCAACCGAGGCGCAGAAGGGUAUCUUCAUUGGUAUCUUCUGGGCCAUCUUCAACCUGGGCGGCGUGAUCGGCUCCUCGGUCUCGCUCGGCCAAAACUUCCACUCCACCGGGAACCAAGUCAGCAACGGCACGUAUAUCGGUUUCCUGGUCCUCACCGGUAUCGGCACCCUCAUCCCCAUGCUCAUGGCCAACCCACACAAGAUGAUCCGUAGCGACGGCAGCAAGGUGACUACGCCUCGCCAUCCGUCGUGGAAGACCGAGAUCUACGCGCUGUGGGUCGCCCUCCGCACUGAUCCUUGGAUCAUCCUCCUGUUCCCCAUGUUCUUCGCUAGUAAUUGGUUCUACACCUGGCAAUUCAACGACUAUAACGGUGCCCUCUUCAACAUCCGCGCUCGUUCCCUCAACAACCUUGUGUACUGGCUUUCGCAAAUUAUUGGAUCACUCUCUAUCGGCCUUCUUCUUGACAGACAGCUUAUCAGUCGUCGCGUUCGCGCAUUUGCUGGGUGGGCAAUCCUCUUCGUCAUGGUUUUUGUCGUCCACAUUUGGGGAUAUUUCUACCAGAAGGACUACACCCGUGCAUCGGUGUUAGCCGAGGGCGACCACAAGAUGGACAUCUACGACGAUGGCUAUCCGGGUCGCAUCUGGUUCUACAUCUUCUGCGGCAUCCUUGAUGCUAUGUGGCAAACAACGGCGUACUGGCUGAUGGGCGCCAUGUCCAACGACCCUGCCAAGUUGGCUCACUUCACUGGUUUCUACAAGUCCCUCCAGAGCGCUGCCGCCGCCGGUGUCUGGAGAGCGGAUGCUGUUGGCAUUCCAUAUAUGAACCUCUUCCUUUCGACCUGGAUCCUCCUUGUAGCCGGUCUCAUCUUCGCAUUACCCAUGAUCCACAUGCGUGUGAAGGAGCACACUGAUCUCGAGGAUGAAGUCCUGUGA